AUGCCCAAUCCCAUGUCCAUCUUCGGCUUCGGCUUCGGCUUCGCGUCUGUUGCCGCCGCUAUCCAGAUUCCCAUGUUCAGUUCCCAUUCCCCGACCACCUCAAUUCACGAUCGUAUCAACCAUGUACUUCCUGCGCUUGAAGAUAUCAUGGAAAUUGGUGGAACAGCAGGCGUUUCUAUUGGCGUCAUGGCCGAGGGCCAAGUUCUUAUUGAGCGCCAUCUCGGGUACGCUGAUGUUGAGGCCCGUAAGAGGGCCGACUCUGGCACACGGUAUCCUUUGGGUUCAUUAACAAAGGCCUUUGUUGCAACAACUGUUGCGAAGCUGGUCGAUGAUGGUCUUCUGAAAUGGGAUGAUCCCAUUACCACCUAUAUUCCCGGGUUAUCUCUCAAGUCGGAUGACACACUGGCCACCGAUUAA